AAUAACAGAAACAGAAACUGUGUCGUUUAGUGCUUUCAAGUUCCAAUGGUUACAGUUCCCAUGAUUAACUACUUGCGCUUUACUAGGCCUUUGCUUCUUGUACUCGAAGACCGAAUCAAACUUUUCACAAAUUUUCUUCAAUUUUUAUGUAUUUGUAUAUACACAGAUAUUCAGAUUCUUCAGUAUUUCUCCCUCUCAAUAUUUUGCACUGAAAGGUUCCUUCUUUAAUUUCUUUUCUUUUUGAUAACAUCAUUUCUGUCUCACUUUUUCCCACUAAUUUUCAUCCAAAGCGGUUUCUUGGUGACACCAUAAGCAGUUUUCCGGCCAACCCAGAUGGAAAAGGAGCCCCUUUUGUCUUAUUUAAGUCCGAGGAGGAAACUUCCACCUCUUCUGCUUCGACGAUUUCCUGAAGAUGGAGAAAUUUCUGUUCCAAUGCCUUUAACCCCGGCUGAGUUCAAGGAUUUUCUCAUCUUUGGACACUCUUCUCCUAAAGUAUCUUCCCCCAGUGUGGAUGCUUUAAAUCUCUCUUAUUCAUCACCAAGGGGAUCCCCUUCUCAUUCAGUUGCAAAUCCUUUUGAAUCGCCCAAAAAACAAACGAUUCAAGGGUCUUCUUCACAUUCUCGGUUGUUUGAACCCUUCACUAAAACAAGAAAGAGUAAUCUUCAUAGGUCAAAGACUGCCCCUGCUAUGGCUGUCAUCAAUGAGUUACCACAGCAUCCUGAGGUUAAGCCUCAGUUUGGUUCUCAAUCUAUUGUUAGGCAGGCUUUUGUGCUUUUGGUGUUGUAUUUGUCAUUAGGUGUGAUUAUAUAUUGCUUUAAUCGGGAUGAUUUUUCAGCUACUAAGACUCAUCCUGUUGUUGAUGCCUUUUAUUUUUGUAUUGUGACAAUGUGCACGAUUGGGUAUGGAGAUAUUACCCCUGAUAGUGUGGCAACUAAGUUGUUUUCUAUAUUGUUUGUGUUGGUUGGAUUUGGGUUUGUUGAUAUUCUGCUUUCUGGGAUGGUUUCUUAUGCGCUUGACUUGCAAGAGAGUAAUUUGUUGAAAACUAUCAAGGGUGGCUGUGAUAAGGAGGCUCCGAGUUCAUGUCUUGUUGAUGUGAAGAAAGGGAGGAUACACAUAAGAAUGAAAGUCGCAAUGGCAUUAGGUGUUGUGGUUCUUUGUAUUGGGGUUGGUGGUGUUGUUAUGCAUUUUGUUGAGAAGCUAGGCUGGUUAGACUCAUUUUAUCUUUCAGUUAUGUCUGUUACCACAGUUGGCUAUGGAGACAAGGCGUUCCAGUCAUUAGCAGGUCGAGUUUUCGCUUCAAUUUGGUUGCUUGUAUCAACUCUUGCUGUUGCCAGGGCCUUUUUGUAUUUAGCUGAGGCUAGAGUAGAUAAGCGGAAUAGGAGGAUGACAAAGUGGGUACUUGGUCAUGACAUGACUGUGGCUGAGUUUCUUGCUGCGGAUAUUGACAACAAUGGUUUUGUCAGCAAAGCAGAAUAUGUGAUAUACAAGCUCAAGGAGAUGGAAAAGAUAGCAGAGAAGGAUAUUCUGCAGGUUUGUAAGACCUUUGACAGGCUAGAUACCGGUAACUGUGGAAAGAUCACUCUUGCCGAUCUGGUGUCCAGCCACUAGAGGUAACUCUGGAAAGGUAUAUUAGAGAAGGCUAUAUUAUUUCUUAUGCUUAUUUCUAUCCAUAAUCCAGUUGUAAAUAGAAGAAACGCUCAGGUAGUUAUAUGUUGAAGCACGAUGACGCUCCAGGGACUUCACUGCCAGAUUAACAAAUCUCUUGCCCGUCAAUCCAUUCAACCAGUAAUCAGCAUGACUUUGAAUCGAAGGGUGCUUUUCUUGAUCGAGAGUGUCGAUAGUUUGAUGAAAAAAAUUUUGCUAAUGUAGAUUAAUUCAAUUCAUUCUUUUAUACAAGCAUGUUAACAUAAAUGCUGAGGCUGUUUAAUUCUUUAUUGUCAAGGUGCCUUUGGUUUUGCAGAAUGUAAAUUUUGUACAUUGCAUAAGCUGAAUGAAAAAUAUAUACACACAAUUCAUCACAAA